CUAUAGUCUUUUGCGAUAUCAACCAAAGCCAAAAAUAAAAAUCUACUUUAAAGUUUAAACACCUAAGUUAGAAAAUAUGGCUUCCAAGAAAACUACUACUCUUGCUCUAUUUAUCCUUGUGAACCUUCUUUUUUUCUCUCUUGUGAGUGCAUGUGGCACUUGUCCAAGUCCAAAACCAAAGCCAAAGCCAAAGCCAAAGCCAACUCCAACUCCAAAGCCAACCCCGAGCCCCGGCUCAAAAGGCAAGUGCCCAAUCGAUGCACUAAAAUUAGGUAUUUGUGCUAAUGUUCUUGGAAAUUUACUUGGAGUUGUACUUGGAAAUCCUCCAAAGAAACCUUGUUGUUCUCUCAUUCAAGGACUUGUUGAUCUUGAGGCUGCUCUUUGUCUUUGCACUGCCCUUAAAGCAAAUAUUCUUGGGAUUAACCUUAAUGUCCCUAUUUCUCUAAGCCUUCUUCUUAAUGUUUGUGGCAAAAAAGUUCCAUCUGGCUUUCAAUGUCCUAAUUGAACAAACAACUAUAACUACGCCUCAGUUCUAAAUAAGUUGUAGUCAGCUAUAUGAAUCUUCAUUUCGUCACUAUUACAUAUUUCGAUUUAGUUGUUUGGAUUUUUAUUUUGGUCCUAGGUAUGAACUUCUCCUAUUAAGGAUAAGUUCUAGUGUGUGGAAUUUUCUUGUUCCCUUUGUAGCUUGAAAAUAAGUUCCUCUUUGUAUUUCCUAAUGUACUUUUUAUGCUUCACAAUAUACAGAAGUCUAUUUUGUGGUAA